ACCCUAUGCAUAUAAAUGCCAUAUACCCGUAGCAUGCAUUGCCAUGUAAAAACAAUGGAGGAGAACACUAGAGGCAAGACCAAGGAUGAGGAGAAGGUGAAAUACAGAGGAGUUCGUAGGCGGCCAUGGGGGAAGUUUGCGGCAGAGAUACGUGACUCGGCCAGGCAAGGGGCGCGGGUGUGGCUCGGAACGUUUAAGUCAGCCGAGGAAGCGGCUCAUGCCUAUGACAGAGCAGCCUAUGCCAUGAGGGGUCACUUGGCCGUUCUCAACUUCCCAGAGGAAUACCGUUCACCAAGAAGUGCCUCCUCUGCUAUGUCUUCAUCUUCAUCUUCAUCCUCGUCUUUGAUGAGUGAGAAUAGAGGGGAGAGAGAUAGUAGUAAGCAUGGAAACCAAGUGUUUGAAUUCGAGUGCUUGGAUGAUAAGUUGUUGGAUGAACUUCUUGAAAGUGAAGAGAGAAAGAACAAGAAUCAGCUAAGUUUCUGGCCAUCUUAGGCCUUUUAAGAGUUUCUAGUCAUCUCAACUUCCAACACCUGCUUAACAGAAAUGCUCUUUAGCCAAGAAAAAAUAUUUUAAAAAGUGAAAAAAAUUUGAAUUUAUUGCACAUAUACUUAAACAAUUGGUGUGUAGUUCAUUUCCAAUUUUUGACAUUUUUUUAAGUAUUUUUUCUCAUUACGUAGUAUUUAUGGGACAUAAUAAGAAAAUUAGUUGAUGCCCUUCUCUUCCUUCCCUGUCUUUUAAGUGAAGGAGAUAGGAUGAGGUGUGUUGAAAUAUGUUUUCUUGUUCCAGUUGUUUUGGUUCUCCUUGUUUGUAAGCAUAGACAUCUGUAGGGUUAUUCACCCAAAAAAGACAUCUGUAGGUCUGCGUUUGUUCUUUUGUGUUGGCCUGGGAAUGCCCCUGACCUAAAGACUCAUUCCUUUCUCA